UUCGAAGUUCCGCUGGCGUCACAGAGCCUCAAUUCUCGACUUUUCAAAGAGCAAACAUCAACUGCAUCAAAGGCCGCCCGUCGCCACCACACCCGACCUCUCCUUUCUUUGGCCAUCACGUGCGCGCCUUGUUUCCCCUGCUCGUCGCCAUUGCGCCAUCUGCGAUCGCACGCGACUUGGCUACUAUAAAGUCGCGUCCCGCACACUCUUUGCUGCAGAGCGCGAUAUCACGUGCAGCAACUUGCUGCACUUCCUCCAUCACCACGUCGCAACAGCAUGGCUUCAGAAGUCGCGCAUCCUGAGCGGGUGCCUAAUGUGCCCGCCACCGAUGCGCCUCUUACCAAUGGCGAUGGCGACCAUGACAUGAUAGACAGUACCGGCAAUGCAGGAGCUUUCGAAGAAAACGCCGCACUCUCCAAGGCGAAUUCGACACUGAACCCUGCCGCCGAUGCGCCCAUCGAGACAGCUCCUACAGGUCUGACCCCGAUCGAUAACGUCACUGCUGGCAUCGCUCCCGUAUCCGACUUCAUCUCCAAGGAGGCGCCCACAUCACAUCCAACGCCUCCGCCCGACGAGCCAUUGAUUACCGCCGAAGCCAACAUCGACACAGUCAUGACAUCGACCGAGGAGCCUGCGACAGUAGCUCCCAUCCCGUCGGCGCACACAGAGGAGACCACGGUCGACUCAGCCCCAGUCCAAGAUGCCGUAGCAGCCGCCGAACCCCAGCAAGCCGCACAGUCGCCAGCGCUUCCCUCAGCAGAGACUAGCUUGAAAGCUGAAAUCCUACCCGCCCAGAACCCGGCGCCAGUGCCUACUUCGUCCGACUCGAGUCUAGUCAGGCAGCGAGAUGAGGACGAUGACGGCGAAGAAGAGGAACGUGCUGCGAAGCGGACGAGAAUGGAAGAGGAAACUCAAGGGGAAAGCCACGACUCGAAUGUGGACGCGACACAGCAACCCGCGACAGAUGGCAUAAAUGGCGAACGUCCGGACCCCCCGUCCGUUGCCGAGCCAGCAGCAAAGGAGGACGUAUCGGAGUCGCAGCCUGCAGAUUCAGCCGUGAUGGACACAACACCCAUACCAACAAGCAAUGGCGCACCCGAGAAUCCGGUGAAACCCGAUCCUGCAGAGAGUGGAGGCGCACCGGCGAUAGCAGAUGCCAAACCUGCAGAUACGCCCAUUCAGCCACAAUCAUUAGCUUCUGCUUCGACACCCAAGUACAGCACUACACCAAUGACUGCAACGCAAAUCCGCUUCCUGCAAGACAAGAUGAAGAAUCUGAAGAAGACCAAAAACUCACUGCCAUUCUUGCACCCUGUCGAUCCGGUCGCGCUCAACAUUCCGACGUAUCCUGAAAUCAUCAAACAGCCAAUGGACUUGGGGACCAUGGAGCAAAAGCUCAAGUCGUCGCAAUAUGGCUGCGUUCAAGACUUCGCUGACGACUUCAAUUUGAUCAUUAGCAAUACGCGCACAUUCAAUGGCCCAGAACAUGCGGUCACACAGGCUGGCAUGGCAAUGGAAGCGUAUUUCCGCAAGAUGAUGGAAACCGUUCCGAGCGGGGACCAACCGAUGCCACACAGAAAUCAAGCGAAGAAGGCUUCACCCAAGCCUCCUGCUCCAGCGCGACGGGAAUCUCGAUCCGCGACCCACGUGCCGCCUGUCCAAGCCACGCCCGCAGCGAAUGCAACCUCAUCGGAGACAUUCGCACUGCAAGCAGAUGGUACACCGCAGAUUCGACGAGAAUCGACCACAAACCGGCCAGCCCGCACGAUCAAGGCACCACCGCCCCGAGAACUUGCGUACGCCAAGCCGAAGCGCAAGGAGCAUCAAAUGGAGCUGAAGUUUGCGGAAGAUGUUUUGACGAAAAUUCGCGGUCCGAAAUAUGGCACCUUGAACAACGUCUUCCUCGCCCCUGUGGAUCCUGUUGCUCUGAACAUUCCACACUACCGGCAGAUUGUGAAGCACCCUAUGGACCUGGGAACGAUGACUCAGAAGCUCAAGAACGGCCAGUACAGUCGGGCUUCCGAGGUGAAGAAGGAUUUUGAUCUCAUGAUUGGGAACUGCCUGGCUUUCAAUCCCAACGGCAAUCCCGUCCGUGACAUGGGAAUUCAGCUCCAGCGCGAGUUCGAAGCGCUGUGGCGUGAGAGGGACAGAUGGGAGAAGAAGCAUCGCCAAGCUCGUGCUGCUUCAGCUUCUGCGGACGAGGAAAGUGGGGAAGAUGAGGAGGAAGAAGAAGAAGAGGACGACCAGGAUCCAACCAAUACCAUUCGCGCAUUACAGAAGCAGCUUGCUGAUAUGCAGAACGCACUGGCUGGACUAGGUCAGGCCGCUCCUAAGCAGAAGAAAGCCAAGAAUACGAAGGCUGCGCCCAAGAAAUCGUCGACCAUUUCCGUCUCGAAGAACAAGGCUGCACCAGCGAAGAGCAAGCCCAAGAAGCCCAAGCAGGUCACGUACGAGGAGAAGCAGGAGAUUUCCGAAGCUGUCGGCAAAAUGAAUGACAGUCAGGUAGCUCGUCUCACUCACAUCAUUACCUCCAACUGCUCGAAGUAUGCUGAGCAGGAAGAGAUGGAGCUGGAGAUUGACGACCUGCCCAACAACGUUCAAGCGAUGUUGCUGACAUUCGUUCGUGAGCAGUUCGGAGGUCCAAACAAGAAGGCGCGCGCUGUGACACCUGAUGAUGGUGCUGGCGCUGACGACGAUGACUUCGAGCCGAGCGAGCGUCGUGGAGCCAAGGGUGGCAAGCGCAAGAAGCACAAGCCUAUGGGCAAAGUGGAGCAGCAGGCAGCGAUCAACCACCUGCAGAAGCAGCUUGCGCAAUUCCAAGGCGGCGGUAGCGGCAGUGAAAGCCCCACGAACGCAGGCUUUGCCAUGGGAGGACAGGACGCAGACACCUCUGGAGACGAGAGCGAGGAGUCUGAGGAGGAGUAGUAGUAGUUGAUUGGGUGCUUGUCGCGUUUUAGAUACCACAUACGUUCGAGCCAUUGAUGAUGUAUGAAUACGAAUUCAGGAUAGCCGCGAGCUCGCCGUACCUGGACAUGAGGGUAGUCUUGGUUGACGGGCAGAUGAAAUGAUACCAAAUUCUAUGACUGUGCAGAGCUUCUGCACCC